UUUAUCUCCAUAAAAUUAAAUGACUGACACCAAGAGCCUGAAAGAAAUAUUUAAUAAUGGAAAGCGUCUUAUGAACGAAAAAGAUUUUGAGACUGCAGCCAAGAACUUCGAUUAUCUUAUUUCGAAAUCUGAACAGAAUAACUACUUGGCCAUAUACUUAUUAAGCGAAUGAUAUAAUAUGUUGGAAGAUUAUAAAGCAGCUCGAUAUCACCUUUCUUCCAUCAUCAAAUCUUAUAACCUUGGAGACAAGUCUGUUGACAGAGAGAUAUAUAUGGAAUCACUAUAUAAGCAUGCAAGGAUUGAUAUCCUGUGUAAGAACUACAGCAAUUCCAUCAUGCUUCUUGAUACUUUAAGAAGCUUCAUUGCCAAGAAGAAGAUUGAUGUUGAAGAAGAAUUUGAGAAGAAAAUAAAAGAAGCAAAAGAUUAUGCUGAGAAAAACUAUGAGAAAUAUGGGGACACUAAAAAGGCAAAGUCUACAUCUAAAAAUGUUCCAUAUGAAACUGAAGCUAUUCAGAAAAAGAGAUCUUUGAGAGCAAAGCCAUAUCAGAGAUUGAAAAAUAUUCCUGCUAAUAAACAGAAGGAGGACAUGCAAAAACUAUGGCAAGAGAUGAUGGAGACUAAAAUGGAGAUUCAGGAGGGUUCUAAGUGGUAUAUAAUCUCAGCUAGUUGGUUUAAUCACUGGAAAGAAUGGACAGGCUUCAAAGAGACAGAAGAACCAGAGACCAAAAGUGAACAAAAGAGUCCAACAGAAGACGUUGAAGUUGACGACUCCAACACUAAAUCAGCAACCAUAGAAGAGCCAGGCAGUAUCGACAAUCAAGACCUUAUUGAAUGCAACGAGAUCAUGCUCUUCAAAGAAAUCAAUCUCAAGGAUGGACUCAAUGAAGAAGAGGAUUACAUCAUAGUUAAUCCUGAGAUCUGGCGUUAUCUGUACAGCAUUUAUGAUGGAAUUCCGAUCCUCAGGAAAGCUAUUAAAAAUUUUGACAAAAAGGAAGAUAUAGAUAUCGCUGAAACUAUUAUCGAAGUUAACAUGGUCAAGCUCUACAUCUUUGAAGUUCCAAGAGAGAACAAGCAAGACUACUAUGAAGUAGCUCUAGUUAGUAGAAACUUGGAUCUUCUAGACGUUAAAAUUAAAAUAUGAACUUACAAAAAGAUAAAGGAGUCGGAUAUCAGACUCUGGAAAAUGGAGAAACCUCAGAAAUUAGACAAAUUCUAUAAUGAGCUCGAAUACGAAUGGAAGAAAUACAAAACUCUUAGGAUUGAUGGAGAACUAUUUAAAGACUUAUCAAUUCUGAUCAAAGAUGCUAACUUUUCAAGAGAUGACUUCCUCAUGCUUGAAUACCCAAUCCCAACAAGCAAUGAUAAUGGAUACUCACUUGUAGAAGUAGAAAAAGUUGAUAUUAAUGAUACUUUAAAUGAUAAGGUAGCUCAAGCUUUUCAAGAAGAUGAAGAGAUAAAAGAAGCAAUUUCAAAUCCAAAGACUUUAGAGUAUACCAAGAUCCCAAUGACACUAGUAAUGAACGAAGAUUCAAUAAAAGGUGCUUGUGGUCUCUCGAAUAUUGGAAACACUUGAUUCAUGAACUCUGCUCUGCAGUGAAUGGGGCAAACCCACGAGCUCGCCAAAUACUUCUGAUUCAGAAUGCACGAAGCCGAAAUCAACCACACCAAUGUCCUCGGCUCCAAAGGUAGAGUCGCUGAAGCGUACGGAGAACUCAUGCAAGACAUGUGGAUCGGCAAGAAACGGAAAACUGCUCCUUUCAACAUCAAGAAGUCGAUCGGAGCAGUGGUCGCUCAGUUUCGAGGCUACAACCAGCAGGACUCUCACGAGUUCUUGCACUACCUUAUUGACACUCUGAACGAAGACCUCAACCGCGUCAAAGAAAAGCCUUACGUUGAGAUUCCAGAUUCCGACGGCAGAGACGACGCCAUCGUGUCGAAGGAGCAGUGGGAAGCUUUUUGCAAGCGCAACGACUCCGUCAUGAUUGACUUGCUGUACGGCCAACUGAAGUCACACCUGGUCUGCCUGGAGUGAGACUAUACUUCAAAUACGUUCGACCCGUUUUCGAUCCUGAGCGUGCCAGUGCCAGUGGUCAAGAUUGUGAAGCUCAAGGUGACAUACUUUCCUCUGCGGAUGUCUCCUGACAGUCCGCUUCGAACCUUCGACAUCUACAUCAACGAUAAUUUGUGACUGACCGAAGUAGAAGCUCUGAUCCAGAAAGAGGUUGGAUCUGACGAAGAAAUGCUGUUCUACCUAUACAACUCGCACAGGUUCGGCAAGAGAAUAAAGAAAAACAGUUUCAACUGCAGAGACCUCGUUGGCUUCCACUUGGGCGCAUUUGCAUACAAACUCGACCAAGACCGCAACUCAGGCAACCUCUACAUUCUGGAAGCCUACAACAAGAAGCAAGUCAAGAAAAUGGUGUUCUUCAACGGAGAAGACCCAGUGUCGCCACCUUUCAUCUUGAUUAUUGACAGCAAGCACACGAGCAAAGAAAUCCAGCUCAAAGUGUUCAAGUUCGUGCAGCCUCUGCUUCGCAUUCCUAGCAGGUUCGCCCCUGAUGCCGAGGGACUCACUGAAGACGAGUACACUGAGAAGCUGUACACUGCUCUCUUCGAAGAAUCCAAGUACGGCGAAGAAGAACUCUACGAACUCAUCCUUGUUAACACCAGAGACUCCGGAGAAAUCUGUCCAGCAUGCAGAAAAGCCCACAAAGGAAACUGCAAGUUCGAGUUUGCGCAGAAGUGUUACGGAGUCUUCGUGAGUCACGGCGCAUCAGACCCCGAAGUGUGCAUUCUCUGGAAACAGAACACCAAAGCCAACCUCAGUGUGUUCGACAAGCCGAAGACCAUCAUCGGAGAACCUUCGAAAUCAAAGGAAAAAUAAGAAACUCAACCUGGACAUGUGACUGGACAAUUUUAGAAAAGAUGAAAUACUUGACGGAGACAACAAAUGGUACUGAUCCAAGUGCCAGCAACACGUCAAGGCUAGGAAAUAAAAUGGACUUGUACAGACUGCCUCCAGUGUUGAUCGUCCACUUGAAGAGGUUCCUGAAGAAUGACCAUGAGUCGUCGUUCUUUAGAAACGCGUCUCGAAAAAUCACUGAGCUUGUGGAGUUCCCACUGAAGUCACUAGACUUGUCAGAGUACUUGAUCAAUGAAGAAGAGCAGAAGCAAGAAUGGAUCUACGACUUGUACGGAGUCAGUAACCACAUGGGCAAAUUGCACGGAGGCCACUACACGGCCAGCUGAUUCAACUCUCUGCACAACAAGUGGCUGUACUUCGAUGAUGCAUCGGUGUCUAAAAUAUCUGAGAAAGAAGUUGUGGAUCAGUCUGCAUAUGUGUUGUUCUAUCGAAGAAGAGGAGCAUUCCCAGAAUAAACUAAUACUAGUUGAAGAGACAUUUUUAGUAAUUCCAAUUGGAGA